AUGAGCUCGUCCGUUAUAAAGGCACGAUUUCUGACUUCAAACAAGAAGAAAGCAAAGCAGGGAUCCUCUGGAACGCCGCCGGCUUCAAAUGCACAACCACCGCCGUAUUUACGACCACUGACUCCGGUUGGUAGCAGUUUUCAAGUUUAUUAGCCAUUUGUGCCGCGAUCUGCGUUCUGUCAGAAAAAAAGUUUAAUCAGUGUUUUGUUAUUUCUCAAGGAAACCUUUCGGAAGCAGACCUCCUCAAGCCCAAUCGAUGCUCCGCGAGCUAUCCAUGUCCAGCGAAGUUCUUCGCCUGUCCCAUCGCCCUUGCAUGCUCGGCGGUCAUAUUCAAGCGAUCUGAAUCCUUCAGCGCUUGAAAAUGGUGCCCAUCUAAGCAAAUCAGUACCAGAUUUGAGACCUGGUAUACGACAUAUUCGUAGUACAAGUCAACCUGUACCCGUGGUGAGCGUACCCGUCAAGCAAUCUACACCAGCUCCACACAGAGAGUCGUUCUCCUCAGUUUCUUUUCCAGAUCGAAGUAAUUCGGUAAAUAGCGAAUCUAGCUACUACACUGAGGCAGUUGAAGCACCGAUGAUACUCCAAGAGGAUAUAAUUGCUCUAACAUACCACGUUCGCACAUUUUCCGAGGCGCUCAGUGCUCUAAGGAACACUUUCAUUGAGUGCGAAGGUGAGCGAAUUGUUGUUUACGUGUGAGCACAUUUCGUUGUGUAGAUGUGUAAAGUUAAUUUCCCUUUAUUCGUCUUUGUUUAAUAUGUGGCUAGAUAAACUGUGCAAAAAACGUAAUUUGCAAUCUAUUUAGCCAUGUGAUUUGAAGUCGAGAUUUUUGACCGGUAAAUAUUUCGUGAAAGGCAAGAUAUCGUACUACAUGCAAUUUGAGAGUACAUUACUGCGAAAAUCGCUCUUCUUAUUGCAAUUAAACUUACAGGAUAUCAGAGAACGAUAAAACCCUUGAUUAGUUUUAAUCACCUUUUUUAACAUUUUUGCUUGGAAUAAUAGACAUGAAAGGUAGUGACAUCUCACAUGGAUAUUUUCCUGAGUUACUUUUUGACUCAGAAUUUGAACUGGGGUUGCUUUGCCUUUCGUGAUACUAUGAAACCUACAGCAACAGUCUAUCAAAGGUCUCUUUGUUGAGAGCGCUAUUUUAGCGCCCAUUCCUUUAUUCCUUGUAAUGAAACCAUGAAAUUAAACCCUUUUUCUUCCGCUACAAAGAGGUAACCAUAGGGUGUCAUGUGGUUUGGUUGUGGUAUUUUUGGUGAAUUCUUGAUGAUUAAAAUGGUGGAUUAUUUCGACACAAACUACAAAACAUACUAAAUUCUCGCGUGUGUAGUUAAUUCCCUUGUCACUUUUGUAUAUUUUUCUCUUUAUAAAGUAUCCACGCUAUCGCACUAAAACCGAUUUCGAGAUGUGUAUUCUGAGAAUUAGGAAGCUGAAUAUAUUGACUUAAAAAAUUUAUUGCACUGUGCUAUUAUUAUAACUGAAAUGUGAGAUGGAAAUGUGUGCAUUACCGUAUUUUAAUCGAACAGACUUUCAGGAUCUGCAGCUUAACUGAUCGUGUUAUGUUUGAAGGUGAAAUUUAGGAGAGAUCUAACCUAAGAGUUGUAAUAACUUUCGAUAUUGUACAACUAGAUGAUAAUCACAACAAUAAUUCAUAGAAUGCAUUCAUCUAUUGGCAUCACUGUUUAGGAAUGUUUAUUUUGUAGCUGUCUGUCUAAACCUGGUGUGAUUUGAUUUGUAAUACUCAUUCACAGAACAAACGCAUGGGCUUUGUUUUAAUUGUUGACUUUUUCCUGAAUACCUCAAUACCCCUUAAAAUAUGCUAAUUAUUUUCUAAAAUUGCCACUGGCAACAACUAAGGAGUAACACAUUGCACGUAAGCUUCACUGUGAUCAUCAUAGCAAAUUGUGAAAAAUAAACACUUUAGUUUAGUUUAUUUUCACCAAGUAAACGCAGAAGUGAAAGAAAUUUUAAAAAUCUCUCAUCAUUUCUCUUACCUGUACAUUUAACUCCUUUGCUCUCUUAACGGACAGAAACAAAUGUUAUUUUUUUGUUGUUGUUGGCUCAGUUUUGUAGGAGUAGUUAUGUGUGUGCUGAUGUUCAUUUUUGUAUGUAUGGUAAUGAAUAUUUAUGAUGAUUUUAAAAUAAGAAAAAUAAUUUACAAAAAUGUAGGCCCGUCCACACAUAUCUGGAUGUUUUUGAAUCCGCAGCUUUUUCUUGGCGGAUUUGGCUUCUGUCCUCAUGAAGGUGUAUCCAGCAUACAAGUCUGCAACCUUUUUGAAUCCUCUCUUCAGAGUGGAAAUUUUUAGUACACUUUGAAUCCGAAAUCGUGUGGACACUAAAAUAAUGUGGUUAUUUGUUCAUCCAGUGAUGUAAGAAGAUAAGGUUAAGUUCUUUGACCCAAGAAUAUUUUAGAUGUCACUGAGCUCAAUGUUAUCGCUUCUCUACUACUUGGACUUCAGUUUUAAGUCUUAUAAUGUGUGUGCAGCUAAACCUAGCUAUGAUUACUGUACACUGCAAUAAUUGCAGUGUACAGUAAUUAUUAUACCAAGCAUCUGCUCGGCAUUCUGAGGCUUCUCUCCAUGUAAGACAGAAGUUAAACGAGUGAACUAGUGAUUGGUGGAACAAUUUUGUCUGUGUAACAGUUAUUGAAAAAGAAUAGCAAGAAAAUUCUUGCAUGAGCCAAACAUCACACUGAGAGUGAAUCUGGAUAAAUGUGGAUGGGCAAAUUGGAUUUUAAUAUGCUGCAUGUGGAGGUGGAAAUUUUUUAAUCCGAAAAGACAAUUUUGUGGAUUCAAAAAUAUCCAGAUAUGUGUGGAUGGAACCCUAUAUUUAGACGACUGUUUACUGAUGAACAGUCACAACUUAUAGAUCACUGCAGACACCUACAUUGUAUACCUGCCAACUCUCACGCCUUAGGCGUGAGUCUCACGCCUGCGGGUUGAAAACUUCGAUCUCACGCCGGCUCACGCCUGCGGGCCAAUUUCUCACGCCUGAUUGAAAAAUGUGAGUUGUUGCCGCCCUGCUUGACACAAUUUCCAAAAAAAUUAAUAUGUUCACUCAGACCCAUGUAAGGAAGGAAAACCAUGUGUAAAAUGAAUAAAUGGCAAUACCUUCCUCGCGAUCUCUGAUUUUUGAAGUGAAAAGCACUGGGAAUGAGCUCGCCUUUGGCAGACUUCGGCAGACUUCGGAUGUCUUCGGAAGACUUCCGACUUCUUCGGGAAUCUUCGGAAAUGAUCGUGUCGUCUUCAAAAAUCCCAGCACUUCCAGGAUAAAAAUCUCACGCUUAUAUCUCAGAAAAAAUUGGUAGGUAUAACAUUGUCAUAUACCAACUUCAGUGUGUGAACAAAGCAAUGUAUUUUUCAGUUAUAUUUCAGCAUCUUAGAAUUAAAUUUAAUGUAGCUGGGAAUAUUUUGAAGUAGAAAGCAUCUUUGCCACCUCUAUAACAAGUGGUGCUCAUUGAUAAAGUCACUAGCUAAGAUUCUUAGUAUGUGAUUAGUUUUGCAGGAGUCAAACAGUAAAUAAACUAGCAGUAACCAGUGGGUAGGAAGUGCGGGCAUACCUGUGUGUUUACCUUCGAGAUGCAAUUGUUGCUGAGAACCACUUAAAUAAUAACUGAAUAACAGAUGUCUACUUGAAUUAUUAAGAUAGCAGUUUUAGUUCCUGUAUCAACAGAGGAAAUUGCCAUGGAUUCAUUAACAUGGAUAUUUAAUUGAACAACACACAAGACCUAGGUUGAAUUCAGCUAUUUUAUUCGAAAGGAAGAUUGCUUACUAGAUACAGCUCAAAAUGAAAACAGUAAUACAUGACAAUGCUCAACCUGACAAUUGUACAGUCAUUAUUUGUAUGACCUCUAACUUCAUGUACUUUAAGUUUUGCCACUGUGUAUUUUAGUUUUUUGUGAUUGAAAACUGAUACCAUCAACUUUGUGUAAGCCACCAUCUCAAAAAAGCCCACCUUCAAACGUGCUUGAAAUAAAUGAGCUCUCCUUCCCGGGUUUAAUAGGAGAUUAAUGGUACUCAUGUAUUAAAACUUGUUAUACUUAUUCCUUUGAUACAGAUAACCCAGAUGGAGAUCCCCCGGAAGUGAAAGCUCAUGAGCGUCUUGGUGAAGUGCUCUCUGUUCUCAAAGGAGUCCUCAAUAAAUACCAACCUCUACAUUCAACAGAUAUUCUUGCGUCAGCUGGAACACUGAUAAGUAAAGUUAAAAGCCAUAACUAUGAAGACACAAGUAAAGCCCCCGAUGAAUUUUACGAGUCUAUUGAUCAACUUGCCUUAGCAUUUAGCAGCAGGUAAUCCUUUUAAUUUUGGCAUACGUUAACCUAUUGACACCUCACCGAUACAUGUAAUUAGGGAGCUUUUAAACAACAAUGAUGGCAACGGCAACGAGAAGGGGAAAAAAGCAAUAGGUUUAGAUGAGCAAAACAACAAUUCACAGUUUUUGUAGAUUUCUUUACAGUCAUUACAUGACUACGACAUGAAUCUGCCUAAUUUCACGUUUUAUGGAGGACAUAAACACAAGACAACAACUUGCUAUUCAUGUUUUUAAAUGUCAACUCAGUCUUUUAGAUUCAACUCCAGAAAAUUUGCCAACAUUUGCAAAUUGAACAAGUUGGGAUUAGCACAAUAAAGUUUGAAGCAGUAUAAAUUCACUUUUCAAGGGGCGUUUUCGAAUCCCUUUCCAUUGUUCUUGCUUAAGGUCCCUACUAUCUUUGUAGAACCAUGUUUUUUGUAGCACAUGCGACAUGUCAAGGGUGGUGCUGGUUUGAAAAGGGUCUGGGCAGUUAUUUUGUAUUCCAGGUGUGGCCUUAUUGGCUAGUUUCAAACCAAGAGGGGCUGGGUACAAGUCCGUUUAUUAUGGGAUAAACAGCAUGAGAUCCACAUAGUCCAAAAGAGCACAUUGAGGUUAGAAACAUUCUCAAGUUUGUUGUUUAUCGGGCUUAUAUUGAACGAAGUACAGCCAUUCAAAAGCUCCAAAAUUUACAAAGAAAUUUUUAGACAUCCGGAUGGUGUCUUGCUGUCAAUAUGAUUUUCUCAGGACUAUUGAUUUUCAAGUUUUUAAAUGGCUGUAUCGUGUUCAAUAUCGGCCCAAUCAACACCAAAAGUGAGAUUUUUCCUAAUCUCAAUGGGCUCUUCCUGACUAAGUGGGUCUCGUUUUGUUUAUCCCAUAAUAAACCAACUUGUACCCACCCUACCUUGGUUUGGAACUAGGCAAUUAUAUGAUUUUGUUUUUAGUUUGGGGAUUCAAGUUAAAAGCAAAUGUGUCCUAUGUUUAGUGGAAACACAGAGUAAUCAAUGUCUGAUCUAGGAUUUCCAGGUAGUGGGGGAGGGAGGGAGGGGUCACUAUAUGCUCUAGAUCAGGGCCUGAAUAAUGUGCACAGUAUUAAAUUCACUAGCCUUGCAGCAAGCUGUGGGACCCUGAGAGCUUGCUCACAGGCUAAAAUGUUACACUUCAAAUUUAGCAUUCUGUUGUCUCCAAGUUUCAGUUAUUCUACUACCUGUAAUCACCAUUAUCUUCUCUCUAGCACCACAUGUAAAUAUAAAUAUGUGCUAUGUACUGUAUACAGUAUAUUGAACAAUUAUUCCUCGAGCCCAAAUCGGCACUGAGUCAAUAGCCUAUGAGGCUAAAGGCCUCAUGGGCUAUUGACUCAGAGGCCAUGAGGGCGAGAGGAAUAAUUGUUUUAGUAAAAUCCAACUGGUUGGUCAAAAAUAUGGAGACAAAACGACUUAAAGCAAAACUCUAAUCCUUUUUUUGCCGCCAAAAAUCCGACGCUUUGCGUUACUAGUGGGCUAUAACAUAUAGCCUAGUAGUAGCUCAACCAAUCUGAAUGCAGCAUUGAUGAUAGACCACUAGUCGGAUUUUACUAAUAAUUAUUACCCUUUUUUGUUCUUUUUAGGGGAAGGAGACAGGUGGUUUAUAUUUCAUAGUUAAAAGGGAAGGGCUUAACACCUGUCUCCUACCCCUAAAAAGAAAUUAAUCAGGGUAAUAAUUAUUGGUAAAAUUGAAGCUGGUUGUUAAAUUGAAAAUUUAUGGUACAUGUGCUUAAAUCAGAACUAUUUUUUUUUUUAUUUUUUUUAUUUUAGUGUUUCUGACUUCCUCAUGGGAGAACAAGAUAUGGUUUUAUCAGAGUCUGCAAUGAGUAAACAGCAUUCAAGGGUAUGUAGGUUUUACUGUUAUCAUUAUUAUCCAGAAUAACAAGCUUUACUGCAUUUUCUGAGUAAAUCACUCCUAACUAGUGUGUAUUUACUGUGAUCUUCGACUAUUUUACCAGGGCUGGAUUCAGACGACUUCUAACCAUUUUACUGACAAAUAAUAUCACAUACACUGAAAAUGACAGGAAAAUUUUACUUUCAUUUGAAAAUCUUCUUUUUCCUGGUCAGUCCCUGUGAACCUUGUUAUUUUUUUCAUAUUUAGAUUGUGGAAUAUAUUUUUUUGCAGUUCAAAAAUUAUUUAAUCAGUGCAUAAAAUUUAUGUUGCAUUUUUGCAUCAAAAUGGGUGACUAUCAUGUAUAUGGAUGGAUUUAUUCAUCUUGGAAUUGGGUAUAAGGCCAUGUCUCAAUAUCCACCUACAAAUUCUCCGAACUGAUCUCCCAGGUUUUCUCUUAAUUUUAGCUCAGCAGAUAAGGGACUAUUCAUAGCCGUUGAGGCAAAAAAUAUUCACCAAAGGUGCACUUUCCCAGGUGCAGGGGGGUAGUGGAGUGUGGGACAUGGCCCCGCCCUUGCUGGAAUUUUAGGAGCCAAGUUCUCUGAACUGCAUUCCCUCAUUUUAAGACUUAGUUUAUGCAAAUCGGCCAUGGUUACCUUUACACAACAAUUUAAGAUGGAAUCCAUCCAGAAAUUGCAUAAGCUUAAUGCAUUCUUUUUUACAUUUUUCAAGGGUUAUAGAGGUAAUUACUUAUCUGUAAUAACACCAAACGCAAUUUGUAAUUGGAGCCUGAGAAAGUAUGACACUUAUGUUUAGUGACACACAUUGGUGUUUAAGGAGAAAUAAGAUGUUAAGAAGUUUUGUUUCUUAAAGGACUGCACUGCAUAUGUUUGAGUUAGUUUCAAAUGACUUGUUUACAAGCUUUUAGAGUAAAACCGUCCAAAGCACUAAAGUAGGCCAAACAGAUUUGAUCUGUUUGAUUUUGAAGAGCACAAUAAUUUCAGGAGACAACAGUGGGUUCUUAAGUGUACGUGAGCCGCGGUCCUGAUACAAGGCCUUCAUGUGAUUAUGGUUAGGGGAAACUAGAGCCUUAUUGGCUAAUUUCAAGAAGUCAUGCUACAGUUAUGAUGUCGUUUAUUUCCCUGAUGCUGGCAAUUGAUGUAACAUAGGAAUAGUAGUAGUAGUAUCAGGCUUUAUUCACAGUAUCGCUUCAUUAAAAAUGCUCUUCCAGUGAGCCGUUUACUUAACAUUGAAUUUUGUUAAGAGAAACUACGUUAAUGCUCAAAAUAUAUCUAUAUAUUAAGAAAACUAUCCUAUAAUAAUUACACAAAAAUUGACCUAAAAUAUACAUUACAUAAUAUAUAACUAAAAGAAGUUCUAUCACAACUUCCUCAAGGCAAUCCACGGUUCAAGGCAAAGACAGGGCGGAGUUGAAAGUGUGACGUUUAUCUCGUCUUUAAGCUCAUUUUCUAGGCCAUUCCACAUGACUGCCCCCCUAUAGCUAAAAGCCUGCUAAGCAGCUUCAGUACGGUGCCUAGGUACAAAAGCAUUGUUCGAGGCACCUUGUACGUUGUAGGAAUGAACCGUGGAGGUUGGUUGCAGCACGUUCUUUAAACUCUCGGGUAAAGGUUAUUCAGAAAUUUAAAAACACUUAUUGCGAGCUGCUUAGAGUGUCUUUGCUCAAGGGUAUCCUAUCCUAAGUCUUGGAGAAUACCUGCAGAUCUUGUAUUAUAAUCAGUAAAUGUUAUAAUUCUCCCAGCCCUAUUUUGCAAUCUCUGGAGUCUGGCCUUUUCCCGUACAUGCCCAUACUUUGGAGCAAUAAUCAAAAUAAGGAGCAACUAAAGCCUCAUACAUUCUAAAUUUACUGGAAAGGUUUAAUAUGAUAAUGUGAUCACUAUUAAUAAUGGGCUUCAGGGUUUUCACUAAGAUUUCAAGUUUCUGGGUAAAUACAACAAGUAGACGGGGAAUCAAACGGCUAGGGAUUUCUUUUGGCUCUAUUUUUCUUCUAUUUUCAAUAAAAGUAGCUGGGAGCCACUCUCUUAGUAGCCGGGGAAAGUCCCCGGCCCCCGGCUCUUGAUGACAACCCUGCGGCUUGAAGUUUAAACUUGAGUCAACACUUCGUAAAUUCUUAAGUGUGUAUACUGAAAGAUACUACCUGUGUCUUCAACUUCCUGUAAUGUUUGUUUUGUGGCAUCUCAAAGCACCAUAAAAACAUAUCGUCAAGGCACAAAUAAAGUUUCUGGUUGUGGUCGAAGGAUAAGAUUUAAAAAAAUACUUAAACAAGAAUAAGGAAGUUUUUUGCUUGAAAAUUUGGGAUAAUCAGCUUAUGAAUAAAAAUAAUGAUAGUUUUAUUUUGAAUGGCUUAAUGUGUAAACCUAAAUGUUAAGUGACUAAAAACUAUAAAAAUACAAGGAAGUGUCUUGCUGGGAACUUCAUAUUAAUCAGCUUAUAAAUUAAAAUAACUUUGUUACUUGAUCCUGUUGAGGUUGAAUGUGAAGUGACAAAAAACAUAAAAUUUACAAGGAAGUGUCUUGCUUGGUGGUAAUUAGCUUACAAUGAAUUGCCAUUAAGUGAAAAUUACUUACCCGUAACUUGAAUCGUAACUGACCUAGUGAAUGAUUAAAGAAACAUGAUGGGAAAGGAAUUUAAGCAAAGAAUAGUAAGUAGAAAGGGGCAUUGUCACUGUUUUUGCCUUCCGCGCGUGCCUGAAUUAAAAAGGCUGCAGUUAAACAUGAACAACUAAAGCCAGCUUAGGAGGAAGCUUGUCCGAGCAACGAGAACACCAAGUUCAAUCUCGCCUUAACCUGCUUGCUGUAUUUGUUCUCAGUAGUAGUAGCCAAACCUCCUUAAUACACAUACCAAAGGGACAAAGCCAAGUGUCUUCAUUCCAGAGGUGUCUUUGUUACAGGCUAACCUCUUUAACCCUUUAAAUCCCGAGAUCAAAAUUUGAAUUCUCAUUUGUUGCCCCUAUUCAUUUCUUACAGAAGUAGUGGAGAGAAAUUGAUAAAAUAUCAAGCAAAUUAGUCUUGUGUGAUCAUGUACGUAAUUCUCAUGACCACUCUGCUUUGCAAAGCAUUGAUAUUACAAGGAGAAAUUUGAUGCUGAUCACUCUCAGGGUUUAAAGGGUUAAUACAAAACAAAAAUGGACAGAACUAAGCAGGAGCAUUACAGACUUGUGCUGACUGUAUUGUAGAAGUAGGAGUUAGUGGAUGAAGUUUUGUGGCUUUGGGACCGAAAGAACUGUCCAUUGUAGAGGGGUGUACAUAUUAUAGAAGAAGAGAAUGUAUGAUGUUUGAUACCUGUGGGAUGAAGAGAACUGUCUCUAACAGAGGACAUAGGGGAUGCAGAGCCCAGUGGUGUGGCCAACCUUUCCUGGGCUCGGUGGUUUAUCUGUAAGGAGAGACCUUAAUAUAGAGAUAACCCAUGAUCUUCCUGUAGGAGUUGUAAUGGCUACCUGUAAACAGUGUACUUGUAUGUAUGUACACUGUGCAGUGUAUGUAGAGAGGUGUCACUAUUAUACAAAAUCUAGGGGUAAGCUUUGUAUGAGGUUUGGUAUCUUUUGGACCAAGAGAACUGUAUAAAUAAAUAUCCGUAUUAUAGAGAGAUGUCCCUGUUAUAGAAGUAGGGUUUGUAUGAAGCUUCAAAUUGGUGUAUUUUGGACCAAGAGAACUCUCUGUAAUAGAUGUCCAUCAUAUUAUAAAGGUAGGCUUUGUUUGAAGUUUGGUGUCUUUGUGAACAAGAGAACUGUCCCGUAAAAGAGGGUUAACUUAUCUUUGUGGAGCUAAAAAAAAAUGGAAUCCAAGGUUGCCCUUGGGGCAAGCAGCUCUCACAUUUCACUUGCCCAGGGCCACUUCUUCUUGUCUUGGUUAAUGAUUUUAUUCAAGGAAGACUUGCCUGGACUCUUGUUCAUUGGCUAAGUGAGCUUUAAAAGUUACUUGUCGCGCAAGAAAAUCUAUUGUCGCGGACUACUGGAUGGGACUUCUUUUGAGCUUUGCUUUUGGACCAAUAAAACUGUCCAUCGUAGAGAGUUGUCCAUGGGUGCUUACCAUUUGAAAGAAAAAUCCAGUUGGGGUGUCGAAAGCAUAAUGUUAAGCCAUUUACCAGUUUACCGCAGAAUCUCCACAUCUGAUACUGUUUGAAUCCAAAAAAGGGGUGAAUUUGUGUAGUGUGAGUCUGGAACCAAGAAGGAACCGAAAAAUUGGUAAAUGGUAAGCAACAUUCCGUUUGGUUUGUAACAGCUGGAAUGAAUGGACUACCUCAAAACAUACUCCUCAAUUGUCGGUUGGAAUUUCCAAAAAGUGACCUUACCAUUUACCUUCCAUCCAGAAUUUCCAAAAUUUUCUGACAAGUGGUAAGCACCCCAUAUCAUAGAGGUAAGACUUGUAUAAAGUUCAGUAUCUUUGGUACCAAGAGAAUUGUCUGUAAUUGAGUUGUCUAUAUAAUGGAGGUAGGGAGUGUACUAAGUUUGGUGUCUUUGGGUCUAAGAAACCUGUCCAGAAUAGAAAGGUGUCCAUUUUGUAGAGAUGUUCAAAACGAGAAGUUCAACAUUUGCUGUAGAAAAAUUAUCUGGAUGAACACUGUGAGUGGACAGCUCUUCUUCUUUGUUCCUUCAAGCAGCCAGUUCCCCAGGCAGUUGUACAUACGGUCAAAACCCACUUAUAAAGAUGCUGAGUGGGCCAUAGAAAGUGUCCACAUUAACAGGUUUUCUGUGUUAACCCUUUAGUCCCAAUAGUGACCAGCAUCAAUUUUCUCCCAACGAUAUCCGUACAUUGUCAAGAGACUAGGUUAUGAGAAUUAAUAAAAUGAUCACCUAAGAGAAUAUGCUUUGAUCUUUUGUUAAGUUCUCUCAACUCAUUCUUUAAGGAAAUAUAUAGAGAUCAGUUUGGAGAAUUUGUAUGUGGAUAUUGGGGUUAAAGGGUUAAGCAGGUUGAGUUUAGAGAAAAUGUAAGGGUUCCCCCCCAGGAGACAAAGUAAACUUAAGCGGCUGUCUGAUUGCACUUAAUUUGCUUAGGAUGUAGAUUUCCAAAAAAGUUGGUAAAUUUAAUUAAUAGCUAGUAAGCUUAUUGUUUCAUUUAUUCAUGUAUAGUAUUAGAAAUUCAUCAUAAGGUUCUUAGCAAUGAAGAAUUUUGUGCAUGUUUUGUCUUAAUGUGUUGUCAUCAUAAGUAGAUAAAUGACCUUAUUCUUUCAAUUUGUAGUUUAAGGAUACUUUUUGGUUUCUCACUUUUUUCUAUUUUCAACAACUGUAAAAUUCUAUUUAAAACAAGAUUUAUUUUCAUUGGAUUUUCUGAAAAAAUAGAUAUAUCUGCAACCUAAUCCUUUUAGGUUGGAUUUCUUAAGGCAUGUCUUAGAAUUCCAGGGGGUUUAGGAAAUGAAAUACUAUAUGGUUUAGUUAAAUAUUAGUUUUAAUCUUUCCUGAAAAAAUAUUCCUCAUCUGAUCAGUCAAAGGAAUCUAUCAGGUCCAUUUCACAAGGUUGUGAUCUUAUUUUUGUAGUUUGUUUAUUUGAGAGUAAAUGUGGAAUCACAGAAAGGGCAAGAGCCAUUACCACAUUAAAAAUACAUUAAUUUGAGCACAUUCCUCUGACAUUCCUUUUGUAAGUGUCAUGCUAUCAUUUGACAAGCUGUUCCCACCUAAAAUGUCAAAGAUUGGACAGCUCUAUUGCCUUUGUGGUCAAACAAACGUCCCUCAUAAACUGUAGUAUAGAAUUACACUUAAAGUCUACUCAUACACAUCAUAUUUCUUCCUGUAACCCACAAGCAUUGUGACAUUCCUUGCACCUCUAUCAUGGCAAUUUCAUGACAAUGUUCUUGUACAUUUGUGCACCAAAUGGCACGUAAACAGGUGUGAUGUAAAUACUGUGACUUGUUCAUUAUCCACAAACUGCCAAUGAAUUCAAGUGAAAAAGGACAAUGCAAAUGGUACUAAUUUUGGGAAAUUCCUGUGAUGAUGCCCCUCAUAAUAACAGUACUUCAAUGUCAUUUCUAAGAAGGGGUCGUCAGCUCAGUUGCCUUCAGACACGAACAAUAAGCUACAUUGUAAGUAAAUCACUUCGAAUGCUUUCCCUUCUGUGUAUGUGACCUAUUCUUCCUGUUUCUGUAGAUUUUAAAUCUGAAAAUGAUAUGACCAAUCUUUACCCUGAGUGGUAUUUUUUGCUUGUUUCAGUAUGGCAUGCUUUCACUAGAUAGCUUCAACCACAUCUUUUUUCCCAGUAGAGAAACUCUGAGGGAGUCCAUCUUUCUGAGAAAGCUAGUGUCACUCUUCAGUGAGUCAUUUAGUGUGGCGCGUCAUUUUAUAGCUCACUUUAGAUUAGAUUUUAACUCUAAGAUUAUCUACCUCCAGCAGAAUAUACCUUUUGUUGUGACCUAUAGCUCUACUUCUACUCUAUUUUCCCUCAGAUAUAAUUUCUGUACUUAUGAGAAAUUCAAUCUACCUUCCUGUUAGCAAACAUUCUGUAUUUGUUAAAGUUGUUGGAGCUCUACAACGAACAAUGAUUUAUUUUUUAAUUAAAGUAUUUUGCCAGAUUAUAAGAAUGUUAGUAAGAUUCAAAGUUGAUUGUGUGCCAAGAUUUUUCUGUUUUAAGAGUUAAUGACUUUCAGGGAGGCCUGUAUGCUUGGCAAAAUUAGAUGUAGUUGCAUGUGACUGUAGUACGUUUUUAAUUUUUUUUAUGAGAAAGAUUUUUUUACAGAAACGUAUAACUUGAUAUUUUAACUAUACUGUGAAAUGGCUAUCAGUUAAUCCAUGCUCACACUUAAAAAUUUCAUCCACAGCCUUGAUACUUAAAAAUUAAGAACUACUGGUACCUACAUACAAACAAUAUACAAUACCACAAGAGUAAGAAAUUACUGCUCAGUGGCUUUCAUAUAAAUUGAUUUCGUCCACAAACUCAUAAGCUUGAACCUCCUUGUAGGCUGUAAUAAAUUAAAGUGCAAAUAGUGAUGCAUGGAAUGGAAUAGUUUUAUUUACUACAACUGCUGAGAGAUUUUUUUCCAUACCAAAGGUCACAAGUUACUUCAGAAGUUCUUUUUUGUAUACAUGUUUGAUUGAAAGAGGUUAUGAAGGCCUGUUGCUGUACUUAAAAUUGUCCUCUGCAGUGAUUUUAAGACAUGAUUUUAUUAUCGUAAUUCUUUUCUGUGUGAUUUACCUUAACCCCUUGAAAAGACAAAUGAUUCACAGGAAGUAGUCUUAAUUCCAGCAGUGCAUGUGACAUGCUUGAAAGUAUGAGGUAAAAACUAUGCAUUUUUAGCAUUGGUUUUAUUGGAAAUGUAGUUGUAUAUAAUCUAUUCUUUUCAUUGUGACCUUUUAUCUUUUCUCAUGGACUAUCUCAUCUGUCCUGUACUUCCUGUAACCCCACUUUGUAUAAGUGCUGAUAUAUUAAGUGUCUAUAUUUAUUUGAUAUGUUAGACUUCAAGUUCAAUGCAGUUUGAUGUCAAAUUUAUAUGCUGUAAACAAUAUGUUAGCUAUUUCAAAAGGAUAUUCCAGGUUUCAGAUUGAUUUUUAGUAAUGCAUUAACUAGGUGGUGAAAAAAUGUUACUUUUUUGAAACUUUUUAUUUUCUUCAUUUCUUUUAAAAAAGUGCUUUGUCUUUUUACAUUUCAUUAAGGGCCACAACUGAAAAAAAAACCCUCUAACAUAAAAAUUAAGGUGCGAGAAGGUCCAGGUCACCAAAAGCAAGAAAAUUCUCUGUGAUAAAAUUGUUUUGAAAAAAAAGGGAAACUAUAUUACUCCUAAUGGCACAACUCCAGUUUCUCUGUUUGAGUUGUUGUUGUUUUUUGGUAAUUUGGUUGUUCCGGUAGAUCGCCCACUGAAAAGAAUACAAAACUAGUAAAUUCAAUGCAAUGAUGACUUUUCUUCAAGAAAAUAUAAACAGGAACUAUUCUUACCAAAGGGUUUUGUUACACAUAAACAAAGUAAAUACUGGCAAAAGGGACUGACAACCUUGACAAUGGCAUCAGGAGCACCCCAAAACGUUUUUUCUUUUACUUAGUUUGUACUUGUUUGAAUAGAACAUAAUCCUUGGAAGCUGGGAAAAGGGGGGAGGUGCUGCCAAAAUCACCCACCCUUACUCUUGGGUACAAAUAACACUUAACUCUUAAAUGCCACUUGUGAUUAAUAUAAUCUUAACUGUUACUUAGGAGUCACCAUUGUGGUUAGAGUAUCACAACAUUAAUUUUCAUGAUACUUUGAGUGUAGCUUCCUGUCAGGAUUUUUCUUACCUUCGCAUAAUUUAUUAUUUUAGUCCACUGAGAGCCUUUUUGAUCUCAAAUUUACAUUGCUCUAUUUAUUGUGAAAUUCCUUGGAAGGCAACAUUAUUUUAUCUUGUCAGUGUCUGUGCCUUUGCCCCUUACCGCUUAUUAUUGCCCUGGAGGAAGUAGUAAGUCUUAGUUUUUCCAUCUGGAUUUUAUUAGUUUGGCAUUGCUUCCUACAAGUUUUUCUUAGCACACAGCUAGCCUUGCACGUCAAAGUUAUUAUUUUGCCUUUGAGUUGCCCAACAGUGUCACAUUAUUAUUAUUUGUUGUGUGAUUCAAUUUUUGUUGUGACUGACAACAGCUAUACUGCUAUAUCAUUAAAGGAAUUGGUUCUUCACUCAAUGGCCUCUGAUAAUCUUUGUAGUCAGUUAAAUGAUUUUAGCUAGUUAAUUAUGCUACAUGUCUGUCACCGUCUAGUCUGUGGGAGUAUUUUUUGGAAUGUCUCAAAUUUAUUCCAUGGUACUUGACCUCUUUGCAUCAUGCAAUGUUUGUGAGAUUCUAACAACAUCAUUUCUGAAAACUGCUCCGCUAAUAUCUUUGCUUCAUAAACCUGAGUUGAUUCAUUUUGAUGGCUUUUUGUUAUAACCAGCCUUAAGAUAAUUAGAAAAAUCAUGAUAAAUAUGACGAAAAAGUCUUUUAUUGAAAAUACUGUCAGGACAGCUCAUUUGGUUCUGCUUGGAAGCAUUGAUCAUGUGGUGAGUAUGUACAUCAUGGAUUUCAUGCUAUUUCAUUUAGGGCCUUCUAAAGGUUGUUGACGUAUGUCCCUAUUCUUGCCUUUCUUGAGUGUCCAACAUUUUACCAUACAUGUAGGACAUGUAUUUUAUCAAAAAAAUGUGGUUUUUAAGUCAAUAAAAACCAAUUUUGUAGAAGUUCAUUAAUUUUUAGAAGUCACUGAGCAUUUCUUUAUUAUGUUGCUGAUUAAAGUGCUGUAUACCUGGUGGUUUUUAAUUUUGAGUUUUGAUUUUUCGCCCCUAUGAGUAGUCAGUUCUAUUCCAUACUGCAUCAUGAUGUUUUGGUUUUUGAGCAUAUCAAUUAGCUCUAAAUGCUAUUGUGGGCAUAUUUGGUGCUCUUUACCUGAAGUUAUGUUAGUGGUUUUGUCAAAUUUGUAUAGGUAAUAGCAUGAUUUGUAGUGAUAUUUGGCAUAAAUACCACGAGUGAUGUUUCAAAAUUGUUAUACGCAAUUUCCGAGCCGUUAGGCGGGUGAAAUUUGAGACAAUUUUGAAAUAUCAUGAGUGGUAUUUAUACCAAAUAUCACGUACAAAUCAUGCUAUUAUUUGUUUAUACUACUAUCCGCAAAAGGUUUGUAAUUUUCACAUGUAGGCAUUUCAAAUUAAGGUGAAAUACCACUGCUCUAAGCCAAUCAAAUUGCAGAAAUUUCUCAUGUAGUAGUAUAAGGGCUGUAGUCUUCUGUUAGUGAACUGAUAAAAAACAAGUCUUGUAAGACUGAGUUAUCCUCUACCUGAGCUCUUUAGCUUCAAAUUUAGGUCUCAGAAGAUUUUAAUGUGAUACUAUUUUAGGGACUUAAAUAAUAGGAUAACAAAAUACGAUUUUGACCACCUUUUCCUGUUUUUUGACUCAGACUUAAUCCCAAACUUGCUACACAAGUACUGAAGUUGCAUAUAAUUUAGAUGAGUGAUUAGUUUUUUCAACCAAGAGUGCUCCUUUAGGACAUUUAUUUUAAUUUUGAAGUGAAUAAAUUUCUGUCCAGUGGAUAAUACAAUGGUUUUGUUAGCACUUUUCCACUUGAUAGUGAUUGUUUUGACAUAUUUUCCAAAAAUACUUCUGUUAGGGGAAACAUUAGCAGCAUGUGCCUUUAGACUGAGUUUGCAAUCCAGAAAUUUAAGGUUACAGUGUAGAAGCGAACAUUGCAGUGAAUUGACUACAGAGAGUAAGAAUCCCAACCAGCUAGAGGAAAUUGAUUUUUUUAUUGAUGCCAGCAUCGGAAAGAGUUGAACUCAAGGCUGUUUAGAAUAGCCACAGCAUUGUGUGAAAAUUAUGCUGCUUCGCGAGCUCAACUCAAGUGCUAAAGACAUCUUACACUGUGCAGUUGGCCAUUCAGUCUUUUGUCCUUAUAGUAACUUGCCUUUAGUAGCCAAGAGGAAAUAAAUUGGUGUCCACUCCAUCCCCCUCCUCCCGACCCUUAGUGUUUCAUUAGGGUAGAGUACAUGGAAAAAAGGUAAAAAGGUUAAAAAGGGUCAUACUUCAAUCUAUUACUAAAAUGCACUGCACUGACUUCUUUGUGGUUUUUAUUUUCACCUAGGAAUAGUUCUUUGAUGUAACAAUGUACUUGACUUUUCAUUUAGGAAUCUUUUAUCUCUAAUUAGCAAGGUACCCUCAAGGGGUGCUAAACCAGGGCAGUGCUUUCGCAGUGCCCUGAGUGACUUGCUUUAACUGCUAAGAAAGUAAUCUUAGUUGUGUCAUGAAAGUUGUAUGAGGGGCACCCUGGAUUUCAAAGGUUCAGAGUGUUAAGCUUCCUUCAACCUUCAAUAUCUCUCACAGCAAAGCCUUGUUGUGAUUUUUACUGGUGAUGAUGGUUGAAAUAGAUUGUCAUGGCUGAUCAGAAUUUUUCUUCACUGUUCGUUGAUCUGCUUGUUUUGUUUUGUUUAGUCGCUGGAAGACUUUGGUGAUGAUGAAGAUGACUAUGAUGAAAGAGGUUAUGACGAAGAUAUUGAUGAUGAUCAGGAUUAUCUUGAAUACAAAGAUGAUACGAAAAGUCCAGAAAAGAAGGAAUCAGGUACUUAACAUGUACAGAAAAAAUUCUCUUACCUGUAACCUUUUAGGUCAGUUCUAGAUGAAGGGAGGUGUCUGUCUUAAGAAAAACAAGUGAACUUUUGUGAAGGUAAGCCAACCACAAGUUGCCAUCUUAUUAAGAUGACAGCCUCUCUAACAUUAAGAACAUUCAUUUUGAGGUAUACUAAAGCAUUAAUUAAGUAAGUACAUGUUAUAUAUCUUAAACAUUUUGUGUUAUUUUGUUGAUUUUAGUGGACACAUCGGCAGAGAAAGCAGAUGAACUUGACCGAGCGUUAGUACAGCUGGAACAUGGUUUUGACAUUGCUAUGCAGGUUAGUGCACUGUUGUUCUAAAGUUUCCUUAAAUAAAUUGUAUAUACAUAUCAAGAAAUACCAAUUUUUUUCAUUCAGUUGUUAUUUUAUCCCUUUAAGUCCCAGUGGUGACCAACAUCAAUUUUCUCCUAACCAUAUCCAUUGAUUGUCAAGAGAUUAGGUUAUGAUAAUUAAUAAAUUGAUCACCGCAGAGAAAAUGCCUUGCUCUUUUACCAAAUUCUCUCAACACAUUCUUUAAGAAAAUGUAUAGAGAUCAGUUUGGAGAAUUUGUAUGUGGAUAUUGGGGCUUAAGGGUUAUUGUAAAGUGCCAUUUAUAGCCCUUGGCUUAUACGUCUUCCUAAGGAGUUUCAGGAGGGCUGAUAAACGGUGGGGAUUACAUCCAAGAGGGCUUAAAACCAGAAUAGAAAAAGUGCUUUGAACUAAGCUAAUACUGGUGCUGAUCGAAAUACGUUUUACAAUAACUGGUUUUUGGUUAGGCUUCAUUUCCUAAGAAAUGAAAUUCACUUCAAUACAUUCAGUGGUUUUGCUGCAAGUAGUUAUGGUGAGUCCUGUGACUCAUCUAGUGGAAAAUCAUGAGCUCCAGUCCAGAACCAUCAAGUCCCAGUUCAGAAAACAAAGAGCCCUAUAAAAUGAAAAUGCUUGGUUUGUUAUGUAACCAGACAAUUAAUAUGAAGACAGAUUUCAAAACUCUUUAUACGGUUUACUGAAAUAAAAAUAUACUCAAUCUAUUGUAAAGCACAACAAAGUCUAAAAGAAAUAUGCACCGUUAAACAACAUCCACAAACAUCACACAAACAGCCUGACAAAAACAUCUGCAGAUUGAUCAAUCUAUAGAUCGAUCUUCGCGUCCUACAGGAUCCAUGCCAUGAAUUGUUUUGCAUCAUUGGGGAUUUUUAUGCGUCAGGGACCCAGGACGCUGAGGUAACAAAAUCACUUUACAAUUGGAGGGGGCUUAUAUCUAAAAGAGCUUAUAAUUAGACAUAAUUUUUGGUUUACAGGUACAGUAGAUAAGCGUAGAACUGGAGAGGGCUUGUACGUGGGAGUGAUUAUAAGAGGCAGUUCAGUUUACGGCUUGUAUUUUUUAUUUUUUAUUAUUAUUAUUAUUAUUUUUUACAGAGAACUAAGAUUUGGGCCAAGUACUCCAAAGAUAUAGAAACGUAUGUAGACAAAAGAGCUCAUUUAGGUGAGUGACUUGACUUAUUGACAAGUUGGUGUGGAUUUUUUUUGUGGUAUAAAACUAUAAUAUCAGUACUUAUGGACUCCUUUUGCUUGUUUCACAGAGUUAGAAUAUACUGCUAAAUUAGCUAAACUGGCUCAGACAACAAGAGCAGCCAUUACUGAGGAGGUGAGAGAACUAAUUCAAGGAUGUUAAUGUUGUGGCACGGUUCAAUUUUAUGUUAGGUUUAAUUUUCCUGAAUGUUUUUGGGUACGAUAACACUUAGUAAUGAGUUUGAAAUAAGGAGGAUAGACUUAAAAGCCAAGAAUAAAAUAACCUCAAAGUGUAUGGAAUAUUAUGGUAUGUGAUGUAAUAUCGCAGAUGAGAGAACAGCAGUAAUAAUAUAAUAAAAAUGAUAAUAAUUUACAGUAACAGUUAUAAAACAUUUUUUAUGGAACAAUUAUCACCAUUUGCUCAUGGCACUUUACAAGAAAAAGUCUGUAAAAAGUGUAAGAGUAUACAAGUUUAAAGGUUACUGGCUGCCGCUAUUUAUUCAUUUGUUAGCCCACUGUAUGAGGUGUUUGAUAAGUGAGGUUAUUCUGAAGAGACAUAGGGGUAGACCACAGUGCAAUGGAAGCUUUCCUGGUGACACACACACAAAAAUGUAUGCAGCCAUGAGAACUUAAAUCUUAGUUGUAUUAUGUUUAUUUUUGCAGAACUAUUUACCAUUUCAGUCAAUUUUUGUGACAGCCUUGGAUCAGGUAAUUCAGUGAUUCUCUCCUUUUCCCUUACAAUAAUCAAUUUUUUGGGUUUUAUGGGAUUAGCACUUCUGACUAACUUUGCUUGGACUUAAAACAGCUGAAAUUUUGUUGCACCACAGCUGGUUUCCCCACGAAUGCAGAAAUUCCAUACUGAUGAUGUGUCACUACCCAGAUCUGUGCAGUGCUUCUGAUUUGUUGAAGCAAAUUUUCCAUGCGGCACAACCAAAUCAGAAGCAUUACUCAGUUCUGGAUAGUGAUGUGUUAUCAGUGUGGAAUCCUGUGCUCUUUUCUCGGGCGUCAUUUCGCGCGAAAUGUUGGCUGUUUUCUCAGGCUAUUGAACCACUGAUAAAGUUGGCAAUGUUGGUUGCUAUGAAAAGAAAACACAUCCCUGGAAGCUAGUCUGAAGAAACCAAUCAGACCCAAGUGAAAUUGAAUGUUGAAACCAAAACUCCAAGGGUAAUGUUUGUCGCAGAGUGGAGAGGCAAGCACUGGCAUACAGUCCAACCACCACCAUCAAACUCCAUUUCCCCCUCAUGGCAAGCACAUCUUAACCCUUCAAGUCCCGAUAGUGACCAACAUCAAUUUUCUCUUAUUAAUGAUACCCAUACAAUGUCAAGAGGUUACGUUAUGAGAAUUAAUAAAAUGAUCACCUAAGAGAAAAUGCUUUGAUCUUUUAUCAAAUUCCCUCGACUCAUUCUUUAAGGAAUUAUAUAGAGAUCACUGAGGAGAAUUUGUUUGUGGAUAUUGGGACUUAAAGGGUUAAACUUUGAAAUUACUUCAUGUCAGCAUCCUAAGUCAAUGGUGAGUUUACUCAACAGGAGGGUAGGAAGAAGAGGACCGCAAAGCACUUUUGUGUGACAAAUGUGACAGGGCUAUUACUUGCAUGUUUUGUCGUGAUCAUGACUUAACACCAAUGUUUUCUAGUCCUUUACAAAAAGAUUUGUUUAAAGGAAACUGAAGUUUGGCAAAAAGUUGUUUCAAACCAAAUUUAUGUCACACGUAUCGCAGAAGGUUUGCAGUCUUCUUUCCUCUUCCGUCCUGUUGCAUAAGCUCACUAAUUUGAAUAAUGUUUCUUUUUAAGUAUCACUGUGUCAAAUUCUGAUAUAGAUAUAUUGUUUAUAACAAUUCAAUGACAGGAUAUUGACUAUGCAGAUAAUGCAAGCAAAACCUAUGCCCAGCUUAUGUCUAGCAGAUUUAUGGAGGUAAACUGUUGAUUUAUAAAAUCAUUUGCUUUGAUUGAAUUGGAAUUGAGUUAUAAAUCAUCUACUUAACACUGCCUGCAAUUUGCUGCUUUCCUUUAGCCUUUAACAAAUAGAAGAAACGUGCACGAGAGAGCAAGAAAGGACUUUAAAGAUACUUGGGCCAAGGCUUCUAAGAAACUGGUGAGUUGGUACAUGCUCGUUUGAAAUUUCCUGUAGUCUUGUUGCGUUCAUAGGUAGUGAAAACUGACUGUGUAACUUGAGGAGCCCUCAUGUGAGCCAUUUUUUGGUGUGUGCAGCACUAAAUAGUGUGGUAUGUUACCCGAUGAGGUCCAAAUGUUUGUACAGACCAUACCCCCCACACAAGUUUGCCUGUCCCCUCCCCUCCUCGGUGCAUAAUAAAUAAAAGCUGCCUCAAAUGAGUUAUCUUAUCUUAUCUUAUCUUCUUGGGGUGAAUUUAUCACUCUCGUUUUGUUCAAUCAAUAGAAUGAAGCUUUGGUGAACCUCAAAAAAGCCAAGCAAAUGUACAUCCAAAAGCAACAGGAACUAGAAAAGGUUUGUUAUAAUCCUUGCAAGGUUUUGUUGAAGGCAUCACCCUGGAUGUUGUUUUAUCUCUUCUCCCUGUCAGAUCCUUUGACUUAUAUCGAGUCAUGCCAUAUUAAAUUUGUGACCAUUUCAACAGCACUUUCCUGUGAUACUCUAUUUAUUACUGUACAGGGCGGUUCCAACUUUUGAGUUUUGGGAUGAAUUCAGUGACCAUUCAAAUGGCAACUACUGAGCAGUAGUUUCCUGUGGUAUUGUAACUUACGCUGUACAAUGUGGUUUCAACCUUUGAGUUUGUGGAUGAAAUCCUAAAGUGCGACCAAUAAAAUGAAAGCUACUGAGCAGUACUUUCCGUUGGUAUUUUGUUCUGUUAAGUGGUUCUAACGUUUUUGCCAGUUGAUAAAACCCUUAAAGAAAAUCACCGUGUUCCUUGUGAUUAUAUGGAGACUAGUCCUUUGGUAAUGGGAAGAAACAUUUUUCAAUAGUGCAUUAAAGGAGCUGUGUCACAAAAUUCAGCCAAGUGAAGAAAUUACAAAGUGGCCGUUAAAUUAAGAGAAACAUAAAAAUAACCACUUAAAACUUUAAAGGAAGGUUAAAAUAACAUAACAGAAACAACAGAUGCCACGGAUGGGCAAAACUGAAGAAGAUUGAAACGGAUUGAAAUUAGGGGUUUUGAAAACUGUUCAGCCUAACAGUUCUUUAAAGUUGAUCCCUGCUGCGUGCAACUUCAAAAAUAAUGUUCAGGAGACAUAUUUGUUUGUCUCGGAUCUCUGAUUUUGUCAUUUACCUGUAAUUUCUUUGCUGACUUUCAAGGGGCUGUGUCAUGGCAGUACAGUUCAUUUUGCCUAAUUUUGCCAAUUACUCGCCCUCAAUCGCUAUGAAACUUAAAGUAAGCAAAGAAAUUUCAUGCAAAUGACAAAAUGUGAGAUCCGACACAAACAAAUAUGUCUCCUGAGCAUUAUUUUUGAAGUUGCAAGCAGUAGGGAUCAACUUUGAAAGACUGUUAGGCUGAACAGUUUUCAAAAACCCUAAUUUCAAUCCGUUUCAAUCUUCUUCAGUUUUACCCAUCCGUGGCUCCUGCUGUUUCUGUUGUGUUAUUUUAACCUUCCUUUAAUGUUUUAAGAGGUUAUUUUUAUGUUUCUCCUAAUUUAACGGGCAUUUUGUAAUUUCCUAAUUUGGCAGAAUUUCGUGACACAGCUCCUUUAAGUUCCAUAGCGAUUGAGGGUGAGUAAUUGGCAAUAUUAAACAAAAUGAAUUUGACUGCCGUGACACAGCCCCUUUAAAGGUAGCACAAUGAUUGAGUUCUUUUUUCUUUAUAUUUUAGGAAGAGUCAUCUUCCGCCACACUGUCUGCAUUUUCACGCGGCAAUAAAAAGAAAGAAGGUGAUUUAAGAAAAGCAGAUGAAGCGGAGGAGGUUUACAAGUAUUGGGUGAAUGAAGCUAAUGCCAGGCAAAAGGAAUUGGAAAAUACCAAAUCAAAAGUCCUAGUAGAGCUACGCCAGCUUGUUUACCAGUGUGACCAGACAAUGAAGGCAGUAAGUUGUGGUCACACUUGCAUUUUCACUUGUUUUGUUAGUUACAGCAGUAUUUUGGCUAGCCAAUCACAUUACUUGCCGUAAAUGCAUGUAGCGCAGCAGCAGACGGCACGCCAAGCGCGGGAAAAACGCUCGUGAUUUAAUACCGUCUUUGAUUUCACUUGACUGGUUGUGAAAAUGGCGCGAGAUUUUUCACCCAGGAACAAAGCAUGGCAUGCAAAACCAGUGCAAUCUUGAAGUUGUUGUCGACAUUGUGUUUCAAACUGAAAAAAGGUAACUUUAGUUUUGGCGUAUUAAGAUUGUGGGAAACUUCCUGAAGAACGCCUUCAUCACUUUGAAUAAAGGAAUAUUUUUUUUUAUUUAAAUAGCUGAACUGACUCUUGAGGGAAAGUUAUAGGUAUAAACAGCACACAAUUUACUUGUUACUUAACGUUUGAUUGACAUUUGUCUUUUACCAGGUCACGUGUAACUACUUUCAGAUGAUGAACGCACUCGCCAGUCCUGCUCCCAUUCAGUUCCAGACCCUUGCGGAAAGCAGCAGAAAUUACGAGCCUGGAAGCCAGUUCUCCGAAUAUGUUCGCCUGCAGCAAGCCAACGCGCCGCAAACUGUUUGUCCAGUCCAUCAAUUUGAACCAUACAAUGCUACAAUGUAUGUAUUGUCGUUUAUUGCAAAUGGAGAUUGUUUGCUAGCAUUCUUUCUUAGCCUCAGCUCGAGCGGUUACAGCCUCCCACGCAGGCGUUUUUAGGGGAGCUCGUAUUUCGUAUCUCCCCAUAAACGCCUGCUUAACCGAAAACAGCAUAUUAUCUUUUCUAUUGUUUUAUUCGCGUGGUAAGUGACCAAUCAACAGUUUUGAAAUAAAGUGGUGACAUGCUAAACACGACUCAUAAGCUCCUGGUUUGUAAAAACGUGACCCUAGAGUUACCAUUUUCCUUCUUUUCUUUCCUUCGCUAAGGUUGUGUAGUGCACGGAGUAGUCUAAAAUCUGACUAAAUCUUACUUUUGCUGCUAUGAGUCUAACAUCUAUCAGAGGUCAUAAAGCUUUCGCAGUCUUUCGUGCAGAUCGAGUAAUUAUCGGAUAACUCUGCGGUCAAGGUCAACUUUCCAGAAUUUGGAAAGUACAAUGUGAUUGGCUAAGUUUGGGAAAGGAAUAUUGUUCUCGGUUGAGUAGGCGUUUGUGGGGAGGGAUGAAAGAUGAGCUCCCUUAAAAACACCUGCGAGGGAGGCAAGAGCGGUUAGGGUUAGGCAACUUCUUCUCCUCUAUCUCCCUGACGCAAGAUUCUCCCGCAAAAUAGCCCUUUUGCAUGUUUACUUCACACGGACAAAUUUCACCUCUGAGACUCGCUUCUAAAAUCUGAAUUGCGAAGUGUUGCAUAAAUGAAUUCCCACGAUAUUUGUUUUGAAACGGAUGCUAAUCCGGAAAGAGCGCCAACGUCAAAACGAGGAUUGCUCGUCUGACGUAAACACGCUUAAUGGCCAUUCUGGUGUGUGUGUUUUCAUAGGAGCGAAAGGGUUAUGGAGCUUAGCAUGGAAAGUCAUGUUGGUGUACCCUAACCUCGUUCCCAGGGUUCUCUCCCACCCGUCCCUACGGAGCAAGGUCUCUCGACGGGUAGGAGAGAGAACCUGGGAACGAGGCUGGGUGUACCCGUCUGAGAAACACCAAUAUGGCGACAGAAAUGUAACGGAAAAAUGCGUCAUUUAAGCGUGGCCAUAAGACAAUUGAGAGUGGAACGGCUAGUCUUGUUUUGUAUAUUGUGAAUUGUGAUAACGUCACAUGUAAAUUAUCUAGUCUCCCUGUUUGUUCACAGGUCUGAUAAAGGACAGCCCGCAUAUUCCCGCCAGAAUUCUUUAUUCGACUCGCGUAGCAGUCAAAAUCUAGAAGAUAGCGUUAAAAUGUCACCCUACAACACACGACGUAACCGGAGCGUGGGUUCACACAAUGUUAGCAGCUCACAGUCGCCCAUGAAUGCAUGGAGCCACCUAAAGGAAAACAACAGCGAUGCUGAAAGCACAACCAGUAGGUCUCCUCCGGGUUCACCCAGCGGUAGUCCCACAGCUUCCCGUAAACAAGGGGAUAUCCCGCGGGCGCAGUCCUUAGAAUUGAUUUCAUCUGAUGAUGGAGAUAAAGGCGAAUCGAAAAGGAAUGGUAAGCGUUUUGAUUCAUUAGCGAGUAUUUUACUGCAGCCUUUUCUAUUUCUUCGUGGAAACAGUUUUGUUUAUAAUAAUUGAAUUAUCAACUCACUUCGACUCUGAAUAUGACUGCCACACAAGUUGUGGAAACGCCAGUCACUGUCAACAACAGUACUAUUCAGGACUACGUUCACCUACAACCUACCAACAAUCUUGGUCAAAACAUCUUGGGACACUGAAGAAACUAGGCACAAAGACGCACUUUACUAAAUUAACUCAUGUUCUACCUCUUAAAAAAAAGCUUGGGGAUGUUGUUAUAAGGGGCUAUUUCUGCGGUCGCCCUCUCUCCCAAGCAGUGUUGAUUGUGUUGCAUUAAAACUUGAAUGUAUAACGUCAACACUGCACCGCGGGGGGGGAAGGGAAGAUACCUCAUUUUGACGAGCUAUUGCGUUAGUGUGUGUCCCAGGAGUUUUGCCCAGGGUUGUUGUUAUGAAUUACAGUUCUAAAGAGGUCACUCCAGGGUUCGCCUAGAGUCUUAAAUUCUUUGAAAAGUCUUGAAAUUUGCCUAGCAAUUUUCCAGACCCGGAAAAAGUCUGUAAAAUAGAGAUAUAGUCUGGAAAAAUGGUAAAACGUCUUGAGUUUUUUUUUUUGAAAGCUACAAGUACUCUGUAAGUUUUUUUGUUUGUUUGUUUUAGUCAAAUCGUAUUCAAUUUUGGCGGUAGGUGUGGAGUGCAUCAGGGAAAACGCUUUGUUCCAGCUUUUUCAAGGUCUAUUGAUCACCUAAUGGAUAACUUUGAGUCUGGAAAAAGAAAUUAUUGUUUUGGAUAAAAGUCUGGAAAAAGUCUUGGAUCCAAAAAUCUGUACGAACGCCACCCCAUCAUCUAACUAGCGGAGCAUAGCAAUAUCCCCAACAGAAAAUUAGUCUUGCGCGAUAGAACUUCCUGAAAGUUGUGCUUUUUGAUUCACAUCCACUUAGGUCCCGUGGACCCAGGCUCCCAUAGAAAGCGCCCAGCCAAAAAUCGUCCGUCAGCGGGCCCUUUCCAGAACAGCCGCUUAUCAUCAGCAGCGGAGACGCACAGGCUGAAGAAGCUUCGCUCGGCAUCUAAAUGCCGUGUCUGCGAUAGCUACGUGGCUUUCAAUGGAGCCGAGUGUGAAGUGUGUGGCCUGACUUGUCACAAAAAAUGUCUGGCGAGACUAAACAUCAAGUGUGGGACUUACGCGGUAAGGAACUUUGUCACGCUUUAGUGACUUUUGUCACGCUUUAGUAGCAGCAAGGCGUGCCCUGCCUUUUUCAGACUCAAAAGCUAGAACAACUUUGUACAGCAAAGUAAUAGUACCACAGGAAAGUACUGCUCGGUAGCUUUCAUUUGAAUGGUAACCCUCUAGGAUUCAUGAGCAGCAUCAAACGCGAGUACCACCUUGUACAGCAAAGUAAAUAGUACCACAGGAAAGUACCGCUCGAUUGCUUUCAUUUGAAUGGUAACCCUCUAGCAUUCAUUAGCAGUCUCAAAAGCGAGUUCCUCCUUAAACAGCGUAAUGUGCAGUGCUACAGGAAAGUACUGCUCGGUAGUUAUUUUUUUAAUUGAAACCCUCUAGGAUUUCAACAGCAGUCUCUAAAGUUAGAACCACCUUGUACAGCAUAAUAAACAGUAUUACAAGAACUAUUGCCAAGUAUUCAUUUGAAUUGUCACCAUUAAGGAUUUCAUCUACAUACUCAAAAGUUAGUACCACUUUGUGUAGCAAAGUAAAAAGUACCACAGGAAGUACAACCUGCUCAGUAGCUUUCAUGCGAAUGGUAACCCUUAAAGAUGUACACGUUAUGUUGCAUAAUUAACAGCACCACAGGAAAUAACCAGUUUUUUGUUCUUAUGAACCAAUAGAAAGUUCAGCGACGUAUGACAACGUUUGGGGUGGAUUUCCAGCGACAUCUUGAAGACUCAAACACAGACGAAAAUGUCCCGCACAUCAUCUCGGCUUGUAUUGAUGAAAUUGAUAAACGAGGUAGGCGACACAACUGCUUCACUCUGUUCUUGCCAGUUUGCAUGUGACGUCAUACGUUUCUGGGAAACUGCCCACCUACCCCUCCCCUAAGCCAAGAAUUGAUAUCUUCGACUUAGGCAAUGUUCAUGUGGCUCCGGACGAUUUUUCAACCAGUUGAAAAAACGUGCGGCACGUUGCGGCAGCGUUUCGUUGUUACGCUCACACGGGACCACCUUAACCGUACGAAAAUUCAAACGCCUAGCCGUUCAAAGUUCCAUGUCAACAGAUCAAAAUUAUUCAACGGUUCCAUGUGAACGAAGUGUCCAGUCAAAUUUUUCAGCCGUACAAAGAUUCGCACAGUGCUGUGUGAACAGAGCCUUGAUGCAAUAUAUCAAACACGAGGAACAGAAGAAAACAGUGUUUCGUCACAAGAACAAACACAGAGAAAAGAGUUGGAAAUAUGACGCACCUCGGAGUAUUUUGACGAACUUCGAGGUGAUUAAUACUGUGAUGGAAUACUGAUUGCAAUGUUGGUUAUUACUCUUCAAAUGAAACGAUUUUAGAGGAUAAUUGGGGAUGCAAGAAAGAUGAGUACCUCUACUCUUCUACAGCAAGCAUACUGGCACAUUGACUAUGAUUAAGGGGGUUAUUCAAUCGAUAUUUCCGCAAUUUAUUAACUUUUCUUUUUCCCCUUGUCUUCUUAGGACUCGAUGUUAAAGUAAGUGUCUAAAGUUUAUGGAAUUUUUUGUGUUCGUUUGUCUUUGCUUUUGAGGCUUGCUUUGUAAACUUGUUGUGUUUUCUGUUUCUUGUAGCUCCGGUCACUGAUUAACCUUUUUUUCCUUAAUUUUUAGGGGAUUUAUCGUGUAUCAGGAGUAAAGUCAAGAGUCGAAAAACUAUGCCAGGUGGGAUUAUAGAUGCUUAAAACUCAAAUCACUUUACCUUGUGCUAGAGUAGUUACAAAAGUUUUUUAUUAGAUUUAGGACUGCAUAGCUUUUAUAGUCGAUUUUAUAUUCCUGGCGUCAUUCCUGGCUCAUAAACAGGAAAAAAUUCGCUGACCAGUCACCGCAGACUCAAAUUACUCAAGAACCAAUCAGAAAUUGUAGCUGGUACCUAGCGCGGGAAAAAACGUGUGUGACACACAGGCAGGCUCGAUUGGUUCCGUUAUUUGUGGCAAACGUUUGCGAGAAUUUUAGGCAAUAGGUUAGUUUCGAAUUAUCAGGAUUCGUUCUUGAAUUGUUUGUGUUUGCUGGAGGUUUGAGUAUAUCCUACUUUAUUUUUCGUCUUGACAGGCGUUUGAGAAUAAUGUAUACUUGGCUGAUUUGUCAGAAACUCCACCCCAUGUGAUCGCAGCCGUUCUUAAACUUUAUCUUCGGCAGGUAAGCAACAUCGCCUUCUUCUACCCCCACUGGUAAAAAAUAUUACAGGGUUCUUACAGAGACUUAAAUUCUUGAAAAAGUUUUGAAAUCUGCCCAGCAAUGUUUCAGGCCUGGAAAAAGUCGGGAAAUGGAGAGAGGGUCUAAAAAUGGUAAAAAGUCUUGAGUUUUACUUUUAAAGCUGCAACAAGCGCUUUAGAAGUAAUUUUAUUUCGCUUUGGUCAAGUCUUAUUCAGUCUCACCCGUAUGUUUGCUGCGCACCAUGAAAAAAAGCUUUUUUCCUGCGUUUUUAAGGUCUCUAUUGAAUACCUGGGCCCGGUUCCUCGAAAGAUGGUUAAGUUUAACCCAGGAUUAAGCCAAAUUUCAAGCACGGUCUUCUCGUCUAAGAACAUGCAACUCGAGGUUACAAAAUACUAUUGAGCCUUAAUAACACAAAAUGUUCCCCUGAGCAGUGCAUAGGAAUGUAGAAUGCAAAAACAGAACAGAAUUUUAAUCCUGGAUUAACGCUAAUCGGCCUUUCAGGAACCAGGGUGUGUUUGAUAAUUUUGAGUCUGGAUAAAGAAAUUAUUGUUUUGGAGAAAAGUCUGGAAAAGAUCGUAAAUUUUGGAUCCAAAAAUCUGUGGAACCCUGUAGUAUUAAACUUUUCCACCCUCGUUGGGUGAGGAGUGGCACUCCAUCCCUCCAUUUGUCGUGAUAACUGAGCUGUGCUUUAUUCCUCUGACGCUGUUUUACUUUUUUUUCUCAGCUUCCAGAGUCGCUGCUGACUUUUAGACUGUACCCUGAGUUUAUCAGGAUAGCCAAGGUAAGCAAUUUUCAGUGGUAGAUCCAGGGGAGGGGUCCGAGAGGCCCUCAUCUUUUUAGAUCAAACUGAGACCUGCCCCCCCUCCUUAUCUCAGGGUCUGGAUGACCCCCCCUUAUCUGAAGGUCUGGAUUUCAUCAAAUCGUCGCUCAUAUUUCACGAAGCUGUCACAGGCUUACCAACUUAGCUGACGUAUUUGUUAGUACAAGAGCGUUUCCCUGUGAUAGCUUCUCUUCCAGUGACUCGUGAGAGCUUAUUACAGGGAAACCCCGUUUAACAAAGUCCCACCAGGGUACGUUACAUCGAUAGGGACUCGUUAUAUCGGGGUUUUGGUAUAUAGAGGUUUGUUAUACUAGGAUUUUGUUGUAGGACUGGAGGGGUUUAUUAUAUCGGGGUUUCAUCAUGUAGGGGUUCGGCGUUUGUUACAUCGGGGUUUCGUUCUAUAGGGAUGCGUUAUAUCGCGUUUAAGUGCAUUUAUUUACAGAACGGCAACUCUCUUUUGCAUUAACAUGGUUUAUCGCUUACUCUGCGAAUUCCCACGUAGCCGACGUCCAUUACUGUGUCUCCUACUGUAACCUUUUGUAGUCACACAAAAUGCGCAAAAACCAAAGGUAACGGGUUUUUUGUUAUUUAUUUUUUUCAGGAGAGUUUUGCUGUCAUAAAUAACAACAUGACGUGCAAGGAUGCUUCGGAAAAUCCAGAUCUCCGGGAAGAGUAUACUAAGCUGCUCGGGAGACUUCGAGAAAUUGUGAUGAAGCUUCCGACGGCGAACCGAGUGACUGCGGCACGUUUGAUCAUGCAUCUAAAGCAAGUAUCCGACCACAGUGAAGCGAAUGCUAUGCCUGGGAGUAACCUGGCGAUUGUGUUUGGACCAACACUGCUCAGACCAUGGUAAAAACUCUAAAGUAAACAAAACGAAGCAAAGUAAUGUAAACCUGUCAGCGAUUUCAAGCCAUCUCUGUCUUGGGUUAUGUAACAGAGUCUUCUCAUUGGUAAUAAUUCUAACUGGCUUAGAAUAACAGUAGCCUCUUCCAGGCGUUCAGAUGAUGCGGAACGAAUUACGAGUUAACUCGCUCUCCACCGUCUGAACGCCUAGAACAGGCUUAGAAUAACAGCAGCAUGGAAAAUGUGAUGUUUGGCUAAUGGAGUCCUUUCCUCUUAAAUCUCUUGCAGUGAAAAUGAAGCAACCUCCACUCUUUCCACGCUUGUAGAGAUGCCUCAUCAAACUCGCCUCGUGGAACUGUUAAUCGCUAGUCCUGAGGUAAGUGUUAUCACAUUUAGUCCUAAACCUCUGAAAGUUACUAACAGCAGUAACAGAGACUUAAACUAUUCGCCCUCCCCUCCCCUUUUUCUCGGUGCGAGUUAAAUCGCUACAUUCGAGAGUCCGCGGGGAUCGUGCUUAGUUGUUUUAUUGCGCCUGAGGGCGGGGAUGGGAGGUAAUAUGGUUCCCAAUCUUACUCUUCCGGAAUCUUAUUUGAAAAUCACAAUGUUCUUAACAGGCCGCGGCUUUGUGGGAUUUCCGACGGUGCAUUCAUGCAAGAGGGUGCCCCCCAAAUGAGACAAAGAUGCUCAGACGUUUAGCUGAGCAAUUUUUUUCACAGACAAGGAAACACUCUAGUCUGUUUUCACCAAGUGUAUGUCGAUAUGCCUGAAAGCACUGCAUACACUGUUUCGUUUUACUUCCGCUGGACAGACAGACAUGUGGGGUUGUGGAUCACAAAACAACUUUGUAGGGUCAUGCUUGGAGCAUUAACCACAGACCAUUUGGAGUUUGGGCUCUUUUUAAUCUUUACUGAAUUCUUUGUAUGUUUGCCUUGGGUAUCACAACUUGGUGUCAGAAAACUUGGCUAAAGUUUGUGUUUAUAUUCCCUAGGUCUUUGACCUUCCAGAAACGGACGAAUCAUCAUCUCGCGAAACGCCGGUCGAGGUAUGUUCUGUGAAUUUUUUUUUCUGUUGGGCUGACUUGGAUGCAGAAUACUGACUUUGCAGGACAUUGUUUGAUUCAUUGUGAAAUCCAUUCCGGUUAGAAUUGGAAUUUUAAAAUGUUGGUUUCUUAAGGAGAGGGGGAAACCGCAGAACCCAACCCCCGGGUGUUCGUUUUUCUACGUAGACGACCGAAUACAGUAAUUAUGACUGGGCUUGCCACAGGCAGCCCAGCAACAAGGCAGAGAACCAAAAACAAACUCAACCCACACUCGCCACUUUAGCGACGAGAAGGAGACUGGGCUGAGUGCACUUUCGCAAAGACUUCUGGGACUGUUACAAUGGACAGGGAAAAAAAAUUAGCCAAUGGAGAGAUUAAGAGUCACGUUUACGGCAAACGUGAGAUUCAAGUUGAGAAUUUCUCGGAAUAGAAAAUAAGCAGAUAAAAACUGUCCAGAACAAUUCUUAGGGAUAAAACCGGCUUGAAACGACUUAUUUUUGAGUAGAGGUAAUAAACAAUAAACGACAAUUAAGGGGGAAACUUGGUCACGUGGUACAAAUUCACUUAUACGUCAAUCAUAAUCUCUCUAAUAGCUGACGUGACCGGCGUGUCGCCAGCAAUGAUCCCAGAAGUCAUUGCGAGACACAGUUGUGCCUCUCUUGAUCCUCCAUGAAGCGUAAAUUCUUGCAUACGAAGACACACCCUACUUCUCGGUGCAGAAUUCCCGCCCGACUGGUGUUGUGAGAGUUCAUUGGUUCGAAUAAUGACAGGGAGACAAGCAUUUCCCUACCCCACUAUUGUGAAAAAGCGGAUUCUACUUACUUCUUAUUUUCUUUCUUGUUGACAGAAAUUCACUCCUCCCAAGACCGACAGAGAAGGCAAUUUGUUUGCCAUUCAAAGCGUUCGAUCUAGUGGUAAUGUCGUUGUUUAUCUUGUUAUUGUUGCAUAAAGGCUUGUCUGUUUUUCGUGUUUUUGAAAUAAUAUGACUUUUAUACGGACAGACUCUGAAAAGUGUUGCCCCUGCAAAUACUCUAUCUAUUCUAAGUUUGAGUAACUGUUCAAUAGUAGGUUUCCUAAAAUGGGUGCAAUUCCACAAUUGGUUCCGGCUCAGUUAAUUGUAGAACAUUUUAGGAGUAGCCACCCACAAUGUGAGCACAGUUAUGUACGGGACAUUGAAUUAGAAACAGGAUCGGUUUAAUAAAGGAAUUCUCUGGAAAAGUGGACUGGUCUAGCCGGCCAGUUCUAACCAUUGCUAAGCCCUUUGAGUGAACAUCUACUAAUAAUGAAAGGGCGCACACGAAAAAAAUGGAAAUAAACACGUCGUCACGUAUGCAAACUUGCGCGCGCGCCGUUAUUCAGCUGAAACAGAGCAGUGCGCAUAGGAACUAUGGAAAUCAUUUGUCGUUGCAACCAUUUAGAAAAUUUACUUUUCCUUGAUCAUUUUACCAGGUGUUAACCCAGAUGAAAGUUACGAGGCAGAAGAUGAGGCAAGGUAAGGUUUAACCUUGUCAUUCAGCCUAAAAAUGCUUCAAAUCCGAACUUCCAUAUCAAAUUACAAGUAUAUAUGAAUAUAAUGAGACACAAAGCUGGGCAGCGCUACUCACCGGAUAAAUCACUGUUCAUUGGAUAAGUAUGAGAAAAACCAAUUGCGCUAUCCAGUGGAUAGAGAUUUAUCCGGUGGAUAAACAACCGGGGUCAGGAUGAUUUUAUGUACAUGGCUGUUACGUGGUCCGUUUCUUUUUACUUAUCAAUCUUGUAUCACUUAACCCUUUAAGCCCUAAGAGUGAUCAGCAUCAAAUUUCUCCUUGUAAUAUCAAUGCUUUGUAAAACAGAGUGGUCAUGAGAAUUACGGACAUGAUCACAUAAGAUGAAGUUGCUUGAUACUUUAUCAAUUUCUCCCCACUGCUUCUGUAGGAAAUGAAUAGGGGAACACAUGAGAAUUCAAAUUUUGAUCUUAGGGUUUAAAGGGUUAACUACAUAUAUGGUGUCAACUAUUUUGGCAGCUCUCUCCACUUUUUUUUUCUUGUCGCCAUUUUGAAUCGAUGUGUUUACAGGAUCGGCAUACAGUCGAGCCUCCAUGUGCGCGCCCUCGUUCCCAGGGAGGAAAAAAGAGACCUGGGAACUAGUUUUCCAUUUGCGAUUCCUGCUCGUAGCCCCAUCUCCGUCCAAAAUAAUUUGAAAAAAGGAGAAAUUGAACACCUGAAAGCCAAAAAAAAAAAACCUUUUGACUUUCCCCAUUCAAAAUAAUAGGCCAUUUCCGAGUUCCAAAAAAUCUCACCUUCAAAGCGAGGCUAAGUGCGAAGCCAUUGAUAUGAAAAUGAUUUUUAAUUAUGAUGCAAAUAAAACCCAUUUUCACAACAAAAGUUUCGCACUUAGCCUUGUUUUGAGAGUGAGAGUUUUUGGAACUCGGAAAUGGCCUAUUGGAACCGCGAAAGUGACCUCCUUACGGGUGCUUAAACUCUAUUUCAUAUCCUAAAGCGAAGUUGGGCGGAUGGAGGAAAUACACUGAAAAUGAAUUUGACUUGAUACUUGUAACUGUCAUGUGUUAAUGAGGCAUGCGUUAUUUACAUUCGUGUAGCUACAUCAACACUCCAGACACAACCACUUCCCAGUCUCCCACGGAAAUCUCUCCACCUGUUCAUCUACGUCACCACCACAGACGGCCAGUGUAAGUACAACGCAUGCGUCUCUCGUGUACGUCACGCAUUCUUUUCUUUUUACGUGGUCUUUUGUCGUAACGCAAUCUUUUUGCAAGUAAUGAGGUAUAAUUGUACUGAUUACGUGCUCGUUCUUUUCUUGUAGAUCGGUAAAUGUCCCUGAUUCAUCUUUAGAGCCGCCGAAGUCACCUUCACCGUCAACGUAAGUUUCCAAAGUUAAAUAUUUGUCUUGUCUUCCUUGCAGCUCGCUAUCCGGCCACAAGCUUCUUCUCAGGUCUGUCAUCUAUUUUCUGCAGAUUCACUUCCGGUUAUUGUCAUUUUGAGGUCGCGUGUGAAACUGGGUCGGUGUUGUGCCAAAUUGCGCUAUGGGACUGUUUUAGAGACGCUAUCUCUUCUCUUAUUGGCUGUUUCAAGAUUGCGAGGGAACCUGGGUUUAAACUUGCCCCCAAAACAGCCCCAUACUGCAUUUCGACACAACUGCACCGGCGUAAUCUCCCGCCAAACUUAGAAAUGACCAGGCCCCAGUUUUUGAGAAGGUGGAUAGUGCUGCCCACUGGAAAAAUCCCUGUCCAGUAGAUAAUGCAAUUGGUUUCCUCAAUACUUAUCUGGUGGAUAGCCCUAUCCAACGUUUCAAUAGCCGGAGACAGUAGAUUUGCAUGGAUCUUCCAAUCAAUAAACAACCUGAACCUAUAUUUCUCCUCUGUUCGCGCUAUUCUUUUACUUGUUCUUUUCAGUUGUAGACAGUUUUAUCGGAAAUCUGGGUCAGUUUAUUAAAACUUUGCCAGUAAAAUUUAACAGUGUGGCUAUUAUUUCACUAUCUCAAUAUUUAUACCUAUUCGUUAGCAAUCCAGGCUUGAAUUGCACCAUCGUAUCCUUACAUUACUUAUUUACUGCAUAGUGUUGUAUUUCAGAUGUCUCUCGGUACGUGUGCGCGUACAAUUUUAUUUUGAGCGCGCGCAUUAUUUGUUUAUUUAUUUAAUUGACGUGUACAUUUAGUUCGUGUAUUAACGUCUUAAUUUUACUUUGCGUUAUUUUCCUCACUUAUACAUUGUCCGUGACUGUGCUCACAUGGUGGGUGGCUCCUCCUAAAAUGUUCUGCAAUUGGUAUAGGAUUUAAUGGAGCCGAAACCAAUUGUGGAAUUGCACGCAUUUUAGGCAUCCUACUGAUGAACAGUUGCGACACGUAGAUAUCUUUUAGCAACUAAGAUAAUUAGCAGUCUGUCUACUUUGAACACUUGUAAAAGUUUUAUUGAACUGACCCAGUAAGUAUCUUUUUUGUCUCUACUAUUGCGUUUUCCUUCUUUUUUCCGAUGUCAGUCUCGUUUAUUUGGUUAUUUUUGCAUCUUUUGUGCAGCGGAAGUGGCCUUGGUUUCGGAUCCGAGUUCUUUGAUCUGCUGGCCAAGUCCAACAACAGAAAUGAUGUGGUGAGUUAAUGCAUAUAUGCUCCUGACAGUAACUUGUUAUAUGUGGCAGAAUGGUCUUGUGUCCUGGUAACGAAAGACAUGUCUCUCAAACCCACCUCUGUUCCAGGCCUUCUUCCCGUUUUUACGUUCGAAGGGUGGGCUGGGAAGGAAGAUGCUUUUCCCCGAAACUUCUGACAAUAUUCCGGAGGCUCGAAUACUCUUGUUUUACAUUUGAAUGAUAUUUUUGGAGUCCCUGGCGUGUCGCGGGAGCAAAAAGAAACAUCACGCAUUGUUUCGUUCUCUUGCGGCUGAGCUGUAUUUGCUUACGAGUCAAGAGAGAUUGGCUGGUGGCAAAAUACUGAGAUGAGUACCGAUCUCUGUAUCUUUUCUCCGCAGAAUGAACGCGCUCGAUAUACUAUUCCCGAAUUCCUAUUGCCCCAUGAAUCAUCGAUACCCGUGGUACGACAAGAAGACUCCGAUAUAGAAGACGAAUACGAGGAUGAUACUACUCAAGGUAAGAGGCAGCGCUAUGGGAGGGGAGGUAGGGGGAUUUGAGGAGUUCUUUUCUCAAAUUCCUCACCCCAUAAAUUUCAGGGAGAAUGGGUCCAAGGGACGGCGCAAAGAUUUCUGGGAUCAUUGCUCUGAAUGACUUGUACCCAUUCUCCUGCAGUGUUGAACUUGAAACUCGAAUCUGGCUUAUGUAAUUUUCUUGACUCAAAAUAGUCUCCCCAUAUGGAAGAAAAAUAUAAACCGGACCGCAAUUGUUUUGUUUUUGCAACUGUCAUCAUUUUUUUUCCCUCUGAGAGACGAAUUAAAAAUGUUUUUAUCGCUUGUAUUCUUACAUACGAGCAAAGAUGGCGGGCGUUGUAAUAAAGUCUAUUUGAGAAUAGAUUAUUAUUUUUUAAUUUUUUUUUCUCUUUAUAGGAACGAGUGGUUCACGCACUCCAGAUGAUGACCUUGAUCCAUCUCGGCGAAUAAGUUCGCCGCGCUCUUCAAACGAAAAUUUAGCCGUCGACGACAAAGCUAACGUACCUAGUGAUUUGGCGGACUUGAUGUCUCGGAGAUCGUCGUCACAUUCUGUCGCGCCGAGCGUCAUUUCGGACUUCCCUGAUUCUGAUUCGUUGUUACCAGAUCUGUCCGAUACGGUUAAACUGGGCAAAGUGGAUAAUUCGGAAAGCAUCGGAAAGCCCGACAAAGACCCGAGACUUGCUGAUAUUCAGUCCGAGUCUCCAGAUUCUCGAGUUCGUACAUUUUCGAGCGAUGCUGACGCCGCGCGACCUCGUCCUAGAACGUUGGGAUUAUUGAAAAGAAAUUCAGAUCUACCUGGUCGUGUUCAACGCGUCGAUGUUUUGGAUACAGGUUUCUUCCCGAUAGGUAUGAAGUCUUCUUUAAGCGAUACGAAUCUUAAUAAAGAUCCGUACUCUAUCGAGGAGGAAGCACCCUUCGUGCUGGCUUCAAAAGACGUGGACUCUUCUGUUAGCCCUGACGAUAGUUUAUUAACUGACGAUCUCGUUUCGUUCGAAAAAGGCAGUAUAAGCGACGAGGAAAGGGAAACGGUCGAGGACGAUGCUGCUAUAACACGUAUUGACAUUUCUGAAGUACCUCCACCCGCAGAAGAUGGGGUUGACCACAAAGAUACUCUUUGUGAAGAGACACAUGCUCCUAUACAAUCUCCGUUAAUAGAAUCAACGAUAAAUACGCUGUCUCCCAGAAAGCAACAACCUCCACCAGUUUCGGUAAAACCUGCACGAUCUCCUACGGUAGAAAAGAGAGACUGCGCACCAUCGGAAAGUCCAUCGCCCGAAGACGCGCCGAAGGUGGGAUCACGUGAGCUUAUCGUACCUGUUAUGACUGCACUACAGGAGCGGAGAGCGUCCACCCCGGAUUGCUCCACGUCACAAUCUUCGACAGAUACUAAAGUCCCGGAUAGAGCUGAAUCCCCGAGUGCAGAAAAGGUGGGCGGAAGUGACGAGAAAAGAUCUGAAGCCAAACCCAUGACUAGGUCAGCUUAUACUACACGGAUCUCUGUUAGAGAUCGCCUCCAGCAAUACCAGAAUAACCUUCCCGGAAAAGUCGACUCUGGUCGGAAACAGUCGGCGUCCGAACUUUUUAACCCGAAUCCAGUGUCUUCUCGGAAGGAAAUGUUCGAGCAGAAGGAACGAGGGCUUUAUAAACGUGUUGGCGACAUGGGAGUGAGAAAACCGAGAAGUGAUUCUGGUAGUGGCUCUGGUUCUUCCAAUGGCAGCCCUAAGUUGUCGAGGAAAUUGUUGAAUAACAGUGACGAUAAAAGCAGCACUUUCGGUGCGAAAAGUCCGCUCAGCGGUAGCCCCAAGUUACCAAGGAGACGGUUGAAUGACAACAUGGAUGGAAACAGUGCGGAGAAAACAAAACCAGUUGAACAGGAAAAACAAGCUGAGCCUCGGCGCCGUGAAAGAAGAGAUCAGUCAGGUAAAUCUGAUCAUCCACGAAGCUUGGUUCCAGACAAUCUUGAGAAAAGAGACGCUCUGAAACUCGAUUUACAUGAUGGCGAAAAGGAUACUUUGUCUCCGAGAGAAAUAGAUAUUCCUCUUGAUCAUGAAGAAAUGAAUGAUAGGCACAGACCACGAAAAAGCCCGAACUCGAGCCCGAGAAGCAGUCGGACGAAUGUCGGCCGUUCUCCUUUUCCCGAUGUUAGCAACGAUGAAGAACGAGAGCCACAGUUCGUGUGAUCGUUACUUCGUCGAUGUUGUUGUUUCUGUGUAAGUGGCAUUGGAAGGAGCUUUGUCAGUAAACUUGAUAUAACUUAAAAAACUAGUAACUUAACUAGAACUUGAUAACUCGUCGCGUCUUGCCAAAAAAUAGCGCGAAGAUAGAAAAAUUAUUAAAGUUAAAAUUGUACAAAAAGUCAGAGGGUCUAAUCGGAAGGUAAAGGUCGAGUGUUGUUGUUUUCGAAAGUCGAGUUUGGACAAAGCUGAGAGCUCAUUGUGUUAAAGUAAUGGCUUACUUGAGUCUUUUUUGCUUGUUUGAUUCUUCUUCGUAUUCCUAGCUACCUCGCUUAUUUCAUAUGGCUAAGCAAUUAACUGUGAGACAGCAUCAGACAUAUUUACAUAUUUAUUUACUCUUAACAGACAUUAGCCGUCUUCUUUUUAGUGAAAGAAACACUGUCACUCAUGGAUUGGCUAAAUGGUCUCACGCCACUUUUUUAACCUAUGAGGAGUAAGACCGUAAACAGAUCGGGACUUGUUCGCGCGCAUGUUUCCCGCGUUUUGGUCUGUUUCGUGCACUUCAAGUUCGUUUUGACCAUCAGAAUGUCUGACUUUACUCUGACUGGCUGAAGGAUUAAAUUCCGUUGUUUUUCUUUCGACUUUCGAAACUUAACAAAAAGAGCAAUUUUUCAUUUACGUGUGGAAAAAACAAAGUUAUUGCUCUGGCAAAUAACAAAAAAAAUGAACGAAUUUAAAUUAGCCGUUGACAAACCCGUGUUAGCAAGUCUGGGGUCAGGUUAAUAAAACUUUUACAAGUGUAAUUUACAAGGAUAGCUAUUGUUUUCAGACUCUAAAACAAUGGCUACACUUGUAAGUUACCAUUAAAUUGAUCCCUGAUUUGUCAAAAAGUGGCGCGAGAUUUUGAGCCAAUCACAAAGCUAAGCGAUGCAAGAACAAGACGGCCGCGAAAUGUCUGUAGCCACAUUCGAAACUCUUAACAUAUAACCAGUGAUAUCAGUCUUCUUAAAUUUGCUUUGAAAAGAAACAGAAAAUCUCCGCGAAAGGAGCCGUCGCCUUAAAUAUAUUUUUUUAUACAGACAUGGUCAGAAGUUUGGUCUAUUUUUGAAUGGAAUUAUCAGAUUUAUAUAUAAAACUCAAAAGAGAGCUGAAUAAUAGAGUUGAUGAGAUGAUGUGCUUGGAAAAGAUUAUAUCGUAGUAGAAGAGAUAAAUUCCUUUCUGUAGAUCCGAGUCUGUGAUCUCGCGAAUAAGCUGUCUUUAGCUUGAAGUGGAGGCUAUGCAAAUCUCUGCCGAGAUUGGGAUUCCAGUUUUAACCACGUGAAGAAAGAACUAAGGCUAUUGCUCUUUUCUGCAUACCUCACAAAACUCUUCUUCAAAGAGCGAAACGUUUUAUUGUAUUGAAUGGUUGGGUAGAAAUAAUUUUAGAGUUCUUUUUUG